AUGGAUCCCGAUCCAGCUUUUAGUGACAUGGCCGAUGGGCCGAUCAGUUCGCAGCCCAUCUCCGAUCAGCUAGACUCACACUCUACGAGCUCAACUCGCGAUUCCGUCUCUUCCUUUACCAGCACCCCUGCUCGCUCCCUCAGCGCCUCCAAGAAAACCGUCACCCCGAUUCCCGCAAACCUACUACCGUCAGCUCCCGCAUCUCCUCCAACUCCCGCGCCUAGUCCUACACCUCACCAGGGUCCACCGAACUGGCAAUCCGCAGACGAUGAGGAAAAUACGUUUUUGUUGAAUCUGCGCAUCCACUUCAGCACCUUAUCCAACUCCCGCAAGCAGAAACUCCUCGAGAGUAUCUUGGAUGUUUGUGAUAGCCAACAGCUGAGCUUUGUCUCAAGUUACGUUGGGCCCAGGUUACGAAAGGAUCCAUUUCAAGUGUUUCCGAAUGAGUUGUGCUUGAGAGUCCUAUCAUUUAUCGACGAUCCGAAGACGCUCGCCCGAGCAUCGCAGGUAUCCCGACGAUGGCGCGAACUUCUUAACGAUGACAUUACCUGGAAGAACCUCUGCGAGAAACACGCAUACUCGGUGCGCCGCAUCUCGGAAGAGGAUGACUUGGACUCGUUCACCGCUCGUUCCGUCGACCCGACUCCGGACUCGCGCGCUAUGGCCAGUCUUCGACGGUUAACGGCAUCAACCGACCACUCCUCCGUUGAGAGUGCCCCCGAACUACCCCGCACGUUGUCGGGUGAAUGGUUGCCCCCAACCAGCUUCCCAUCAAGACGACGCCGAACCCGGCCAGUGUCAUAUCGAUCCCAGUUUAAACAGAAAUAUAUGGUGGAAUCAGCGUGGAAUAAAGGUGGCAGGUGUACACAGCGUCACAUCACCCCUGACCAGGGCGUGGUAACGAGUCUACACCUCACCUCGAAAUACAUCGUCGUUGCCCUGGAUAAUGCCAAGAUUCAUGUCUACGAUACCAACGGGGACAACCAAAAGACCCUCCAAGGGCACGUGAUGGGGGUUUGGGCCAUGGUUCCUUGGGAUGACAUUUUGGUCAGCGGAGGUUGCGAUCGAGAGGUGCGAGUGUGGAACAUGGCGACUGGUGCGGGAAUCCAUUUGUUACGCGGCCACACGUCAACAGUACGAUGUCUCAAAAUGUCCGAUCGGAAUACGGCCAUCUCGGGCUCAAGAGACACGACUUUACGUAUAUGGGAUCUAGCCACAGGGACGUGUCGCAAUGUCCUCGUCGGGCACCAGGCGAGUGUGCGCUGUCUGGCGAUUCAUGGCGAUCUCGUCGUAUCCGGCAGUUACGACACGACAGCCCGGAUAUGGAGCAUAUCCCAAGGUCGCUGUAUACGGACGUUGUCUGGACAUUUCAGCCAGAUCUACGCGAUCGCCUUCGAUGGGCGGCGUAUCGCAACGGGAAGCUUGGAUACGAGCGUCCGCAUCUGGGACCCACAUUCUGGACAGUGCCACGCUAUCCUGCAAGGGCAUACAUCCCUGGUAGGACAGUUGCAGAUGCGUGGCGAUACGUUGGUUACCGGUGGCUCGGAUGGUUCCGUCCGGGUUUGGUCAUUGACCAAGAUGGCCCCGAUCCAUCGGUUAGCGGCUCACGAUAAUAGCGUGACUAGUCUUCAGUUUGAUAAUACCAGGAUAGUGAGCGGCGGCAGUGAUGGCCGCGUUAAAGUGUGGAACUUGCAAACCGGCCAGCUGCUGCGAGAAUUGUCGAGUCCAGCCGAGGCGGUUUGGAGGGUUGCUUUCGAAGAGGAGAAAGCUGUGAUUAUGGCGAGUCGGUCUGGCCGAACGGUGAUGGAGGUCUGGUCCUUCUCUCCGCCACCAGAUGAUGCCGACGAUGCCGUGGUUAUCGAGAGUGCCUCCAGUACACCAGGCAUUGGCUCGACCGUCGACACUGAGCUCUCCGUCCAUCCUCGCCGUCGUACGUUGUUCUCUGACCCUCCACCAACGAUACCUUCUGUCAGUGACAGCGACCAACCCAUGCCCGAUGCGCCAUCUUAA